GUAGCCUGACCUGUCAAAGAGCAUGCAGCCUGCAGGAACCUGCACUGGCCUGCACAGGCUGCAGAGUGCAGUGCGACUCGGUCGCUAGCUCGGUGUGAGAGCAACUUGUGAACUCUUGAGUCUGUACUUGAAAGGGAGAGAGGAGGAGAAGGAGCAGCUGCCGCCAGUGGGGGCGCUGCCAGCACGCAAGUAGAGGGCUUUUCCCGCCCGGAUCCUGGAGGUAAACCCUCCACUUUUGGUCGAUUCAUUUUGCUGGAAAGCAGUAGAUUCAGAACGCAGUCAUGGGUGUUCCAGCCUUCUACCGCUGGCUCAGCCAGAAGUACCCCUUGAUUGUGGAAGAUGUGAUCGAAGAAGCGGAGAGGGAGGUGGACGGCGUGCGCUACCCUGUGGACUUCUCAACACCCAAUCCCAAUGGGCUGGAGUUUGACAACUUGUACCUUGACAUGAACGGCAUCAUCCAUCCUUGCUUCCAUCCGGAAGAUGCGCCCUCCCCCACAACUUUGGACGAGAUUUUCCAGAACAUUUUCACCUACAUCGACCGCCUCUUUGGCAUGGUCCGGCCCCGGAAGCUGAUGUACAUGGCCAUCGACGGGGUUGCUCCUCGGGCUAAGAUGAACCAGCAGAGAUCUCGGCGGUUCCGGGCUGCGCAGGAUGCUGCCGAAGCGGAAGCGGAGGAGGAGCGGUUGAGGAAGGAGUUCGAGGCCCAGGGACAUGUUGUUCCUCCCAAAGUGAAAAAGGAAGCCCCGGACUCCAACGUCAUUACUCCUGGCACAGAGUUCAUGCACAAGCUAUCGGUAGCGCUCCAAUACUAUGUUCACAUGCGAUUAAACAACGACCCUGGCUGGAAAGAUGUGAAGGUCAUCCUGUCGGACGCCAGUGUUCCUGGGGAGGGGGAGCACAAGAUCAUGAACUACAUCAGACUGCAGCGCAACCUGCCAGGCUCCAAUCCAAACACACGACACUGCAUCUAUGGCCUGGAUGCGGAUCUCAUCAUGCUCUCGCUGGCCACGCACGAAGUGCACUUUUCGAUUCUGCGUGAGGUCGUCUUUCUGCCAAACGCUAAGGACAAGUGCUUCCUGUGCGGCCGGGAGGGGCAUCUGGCUGCCGAGUGUGACGGUCAGCCCAAGAGAAAACGGGGGGAUGAGGAGGAACCCAAACUGGAGAUGGCAAAGAAACCCUUCCAGUUUCUGCACAUUUGGACCCUGAGGGAGUACCUGGAGUUCGAGCUGCGAGUUCCAGAUGCGCCCUUCGAGCUCGACAUUGAGCGGCUGAUAGACGACUGGGUGUUCAUCUGCUUCUUUGUCGGCAACGAUUUCCUGCCCCACAUGCCGACGCUGGAGAUUAGAGAGGGGGCAAUCGACCUUCUCAUAACGAUUUACAAGCAGGAGUUUGCUCGGUUAGGGGGCUAUCUGACAGAAGAUGGAGAGGUCAACCUGGGGAGGACCGAGAAGUUCAUCCAAGCGGUGGGGUCGCAUGAGGAUGCCAUCUUUCAGAAGCGGGCAAGACUGCUUUCGAAGCAGAUUGAUCGAUCUCGCCAUCAAAAGAAGCAGCAAAUGCAGAGGCAGAGAGACAGGAAUGGGUCGGGUUUCGCCCCCCCAGCUGAUGGAUUCAUCCCGGUUAAACGCUUUGAGGGCUCCCGGUUAGCAUCGGCCCCCCAGCCCGCCCCACAAUCCGUAGGGGGGUCUAAUCAGCAGUCAAACGGGGCUCCCAGCGAGGGACCCAAGUCAAAUACAGAUGCUGCUAAGGCUCUGAAAGAGAAGCUCUUGGGAAAGAAGCCAUCCGCGCCUCCGCCCGCUAAGUUGUUGAGGGUUGAUGAGACGGACAGCAGCAUUGCGUCGGCGGUGCCUACCAAGGUGGAGGAGAAAGGGAUUGAUGAGGAACUGGACGUGGCGGAGGAGAUCAAAGUGAAGCUCAAGACGAGGAUUACGGAGGCGGCAGACAACCUCGACACAAUGGAUGACGACAAGAUCCGGCUUGGGGAGGAGGGCUGGAAGGAGCGCUACUACUCCGAGAAGUUUGGUGCCAAAACGGAAGAGGAGCGCGAGGAGAUCAGGAAAGACGUUGUGCUGCGAUACUGCGAGGGUCUGGUGUGGGUGAUGCGGUACUACUAUCAGGGCGUGUGCUCCUGGACCUGGUACUACCCGUACCACUACGCACCAUUCGCUUCCGACCUGCGUGACCUGGAGGAGCUGGAGAUCACCUUCUUCAUGGGCAAGCCCUUCAAGCCCUUCGACCAGCUCAUGGGCGUCUUCCCCGCAGCCAGCUCUCACGCACUCCCCAAGGCCUACCGACCGCUCAUGUCCAACCCCAACUCACCGAUCGUCGACUUCUAUCCCAAAGACUUCAAGGUGGACAUGAACGGCAAGCGGUUUGCGUGGCAGGGGGUUGCGCUGCUGCCCUUCAUCGAGGAGGACAGGCUGCUGGAGGCGAUUUCGACGGUCGAACACACGCUGACGGACGAGGAGCGGCGGCGGAACACGACCCUGUCUGAGUUCCUGUUCCUGCACUCGGCCCACUCCUUGGCGCCCUUCGUCUACUCCUUCUACGACAGGUGUGGUCACUUGCCGGCGGCGUCCGCCGAACGCGCCAAGGCGAGCGAGGCGAUUGAUCCAGCCAUGAGUGGGCACAUGAACGGAUCUAUGUUCCUGUGCGAGGGCGACGCGUGCCCCGUCGUGUUUCCGGCCCCAAUCAAGAACAUGGGCAACGUCAACAACAACCAAGUCCUGUCCUUUAUCUAUGCCAACCCGCCGUACCACCGGCACGUGUCAAGGCCGCCUCCGGGAGUCGUCAUCCCGGAAAAGAAAAUCCGGGAAGAAGACGUCCAGCCUCCGAAACCUCUCUGGCAUCAAGAUCGGGGUGGAGGAAGAGGAAGAGGGAACGGAAGCGACCAGAGAGCCCCAGUCCAGAACGGCGUCUAUGGUCACCAGCUCGCCGCCGGGGCGCACCGCAUGGUCCUCAACAGCAUAGGCCGCGGCAGCGCAGAAGCCCUAGCGUAUCUUCAGCAGCGCCAGCAGGGGGGCGGCCAGCAGCUCGCGCAGCAGUUUGGCAGCAUGAACUUCCCGCGGCCGCAGCCCCCGGGGGGCGGGAUCCUGGGCAUCCCCUCCCCCUACCAGCAGAUGCAGCCGCAGUAUAACCAGCCCGGGUUAGGCUAUAACCAGCCCCAGUUUGGCGCGCCAGGGUUUGCGGCUGCCGGCAGGGGUCAGGCCCAGGGGGCGUUCCAACAGAACCCCUACGUCCCAACGCCGAUCAUCUUGCCCCGCCCGAACUUUCAAGCCCCGCCUGCGCGGCCUGGGUGUCAGGGGCAGCAGCAGACUCGGCCCGGUUUCCAGGGGCAGCAAGCGCGGCCGGCGUACCAGCAGGCCGCGCCCAGUUACCAGGGACAGGUGCCCGUCCCACAGCCCUAUCCAGCCACGCAGGGAGGCCAGGGGAGGGGGUAUGGGACUGGGGUUAGCAGUGCGGGCGCGCCCGGGUUUGGGGGCGGGGCUGUUUACCAACAGGUGCAGCAGCAGAGCUGGGGGAGAGGCGGGGGCGGAGUGGCCGCGGUGGCAGGCAGUGGUCAGCAGUAUGUGGCGGGACGAGGCGGCGCUGCGGGGGCGAGGCCGCCAGCGCAGCAGGGGGGGAACCAGUACGCGCCGCUCGACAGGAGGCAAUCGCAGCAAGGCCAGCAGCAGCAGGGGCGGAGAUAUUGAAAUGUGGGUUGGUAGUGUGGUGACGUUAUGGGUAGGGGUGUGAGAGGUUUGCAAGCAGAAUAACGGUGGCCACUUCUUCAAGGAUCGCUGCUGAGGUGAUGUAUGAGGUAGUUCCUUAGGGCUCAGGACCCCGCUUUCUAAAGGGGUUGAUGGGCGGAGUAUCAAAAGCAGGACGAUGUAGGCUUCAUGUUGAGGACCGGCCGUCAAGAGCUGGCUGUGCGAGAGGGAUGGCCACACUAAUUCGACUGAGCGUCAAAUGGGUGUUAACUUCUCUCUUAAAGAGCGACUUUCUGCGGUUUUGAAAACGCUGGCAGCAAACACUUUGUGGUGUUUGCGUGCCGAGUCCCACGUUCCUGUUGUUCUUUGUCCGAGU